CAAUGGACAACGCAUCGAAAAUGAUCAGCGCCACAAAGUGACAGUUAAAAUACUGUUUUCCUCCCGCGAAAAAGCUUUUACAAAAAGUGACUUCAUUACCUGGCUUUAUUCAACUGGAAAGCCCCAACUCCAACAUGCCCACACCUCCCCCUAUUUUUUUUCACGCUACUUUUCUUCGUCUGCUCUCCUCUCUGCUCCAAGAUCACACUUUCUCCAUAUUCUCUGCAAAAAAUGGUUAAAGAAACUGAAUUCUACGAUAUUCUCGGCGUCAGCCCCGCGGCAUCAGAGGAGGAAAUUCGCAAGGCCUACUAUCUUAAGGCGAGGCAAGUUCACCCCGAUAAGAAUCCAGACGAUUCCCAGGCAGCUGCCCGAUUUCAGGUGCUAGGAGAAGCUUACCAAGUUCUGAGUGAUCCAUUGCAGAGAGAUACAUAUGAUCAGAAUGGGAAGAAUUGCAUAUCUAAGGAGACAAUGCUCGAUCCAACUGCUGUCUUCGCCCUCCUGUUUGGGAGCGAGCUUUUUGAGGAUUACAUCGGCCAUAUAGCAGUGGCAUCAAUGGCCUCAAGUGAACUAGCUGGUGAGGGUGACAAUCCGGAAAAAGUCCACGACAAGCUCAAGGCAGUCCAACGAGAGAGGGAGGAGAAGCUUGCUGCGAAACUGAGAGACUUCCUUCAGCAACAUGUUGGUGGUGACAGAGAUGGAUUCAUCAGAAAAGCUGAAUCAGAAGCAGAGAGGCUUUCACAUGCAUCUUUUGGUUCUGAAAUGUUGAAUACCAUCGGAUACAUAUACACGAGGCAGGCAGCGCUGCAGCUGGGGAAGAAAGCCAUCUAUCUAGGGGUGCCGUUUGUGGCUGAGUGGGUUCGCAACAAGGGACACUUUUGGAAGUCACAAUUCACUGCAUCAAAAGGUGCUUUUCAGCUUCUGCAGCUUCAGGACGACAUCAGGCGCCAGUGCAAGAUCGAGGGCAGUGGUGAGGAAGACGACGUGGAGGCUCAUUUACGACAGAAUAGAGAGACGCUCAUGAACUCGCUAUGGAAGCUUAAUGUGGUAGACAUUGAGAUAACUCUGGUGCAUGUCUGUCAAAUGGUGCUGCAGGAUGGCCGUGUGAGAAGGGAAGAGCUCAAAAUGCGAGCCGUCGCUCUGAAAAAUCUAGGGAGAGUUUUUCAGAAUCAAAAGUUUAUGCAGAAUGGUGGAACAUCAAAGAAGAAAGUUGCUUCAGCAGAUGAAGAUGACAGCAGCUCUGAUAGCAGUGAUGAUGAAGACUCUCACAGACCACUAAAUUACAGGACUCCUCUUGUUACACAGGGCAUCGGCAGGCUCUUCAGGUGCCUCUGCAACCCGGCAUUUGACGUUGAUGACGAUGAAAUUGUGUACAGAGGAAGAUGAGUGAUCAACAGAUUAUUGCUUCUGUUUAUACAAGCCUGGUUUUGUUAGAACAACUAAAUGGUGUUUUAACUGAGGCUCACUUCAUGUUACAAGAAAGUGUCUGUAUCUAUACAAAAAAAAAAGAAAAAAAAGAGGCAUUUUGAUUCAGGUAUUGAUUAUUUCAUGUUUUUUGUUUAGGAGAAAACCACAGUUUCUCAUUUUCAAGAGCGUGUAUGUAGGUUUGCAAGAAAAACUGAAAUUGAUUCUGUUUGAAAUUUUGCUUGUUUUCCAUUA